AUGGCCCAGCAAUCGUGUCAGUGGGGCUAUGACAGUGACAACGGACCUGAGCACUGGCACAAAUAUUACCCUAUUGCCAAAGGAGACCAUCAGUCACCUAUUGAAAUCAAUUCCAAAGAGGUCCAGCAUGACCCCUCUUUACCGCCUUGGUUUGUUGGUUAUGAUCCCGGUGCAGCGAAGACCAUACUGAACAAUGGGAGAACCUGCAGAGUUGUGUUUGAUGACACUUUUGAUAGAUCAGUGCUGCGAGGUGGACCACUCCCAGGAACCUACAGGCUGCGGCAGUUCCACUUUCAUUGGGGUUCGUCUGAUGACCAUGGCUCUGAGCACAUUGUAGAUGGAGUGAAAUAUGCAGCAGAGCUUCAUAUGGUACACUGGAAUCCGAAAUAUAGUAAUUUUGCUGAAGCUUUGAAACAAGCUGAUGGCGUGGCUGUUGUGGGCAUUUUUCUGAAAGUAGGAAAAACUCCCAAACCAGAGAUGAAGAGAAUUCUUGAAGAAAUAGAUAAUAUUAAGACAAAGGGGAAAGAGGCUCCUUUUUCAAACUUUGAUCCAUCAAUUCUUUUCCCUAAAUCUCGGGACUAUUGGACCUACCAUGGCUCCUUCACUACACCUCCUUGUGAAGAGUGCAUUACCUGGAUUCUUCUGAGGGAGCCUAUUGAAGUCAGCCCAGACCAGAUGGCAAAGCUCCGUAGCCUUUCCAUCAAUGCUGAGACAGAACCUGCUCGCCCCAUGGUGGAUAACUGGCGCCCUCCUCAGCCUGUGAAGGGAAGGGUGGUGAAAGCCUCUUUCCAAUAA